CCCCAGCUCAGCCUCUUCGCCUCCGCCGCCGGCAGCUUCGCCGGACCCCACGGACACACCGAUGCCGCGGGACAUAUACUUUUUCCGGGGCUGCACGAACAAGCCACCAGCCACGCUUCGCCUAACGUGGUGAACGGGCAGAUGCGCCUGGGCUUCUCCGGAGACAUGUACGGCAGACCCGACCAGUACGGCCAGGUCACCAGCCCCCGCUCCGAGCACUACGCCUCGACCCAGCUGCACGGCUACGGCCACAUGAACAUGAACAUGGCAGCCCACCACGGGGCAGGGGCCUUCUUUCGUUACAUGCGGCAGCCCAUCAAACAGGAACUCAUCUGUAAGUGGAUUGAGCCCGAGCAAUUGUCAAACCCCAAAAAGUCCUGCAACAAAACUUUCAGCACGAUGCACGAGCUGGUGACUCAUGUCACGGUGGAGCACGUUGGAGGACCCGAGCAGUCCAAUCACAUAUGUUUCUGGGAAGAGUGUCCGAGAGAAGGGAAACCUUUCAAGGCCAAAUAUAAACUUGUAAAUCACAUCAGAGUCCACACAGGUGAAAAACCUUUCCCCUGCCCUUUCCCAGGCUGUGGCAAAGUGUUUGCCAGAUCAGAGAAUCUCAAAAUACACAAAAGAACUCAUACAGGUCAGUAUGGGCCUCCGUCCUCCGCCGCGCUCUAUUUCUGCCCGGGUUUUCUCUUGCAGGUCCAUGAAUCAUCCUCGCAGGGGUCCCAGCCUUCUCCCGCCGCCAGCUCAGGCUACGAGUCCUCCACCCCUCCAACCAUCGUGUCUCCAUCCACAGAAAACCAGACCGCCAGCUCCUUAUCCCCUUCCUCCUCCGCAGUCCAUCACACGUCCAGCCACAGCACGCUUACAUCAAAUUUUAACGAAUGGUACGUCUAAAACGCUAAAACAAAACAUCAAAAAAACACAAACCGAAACAAAACAAAAAA